GCGGAACGCCAUUUGAAUGGAGUCCUUGACUACGAAUGAGAGUCAGUGGACGACACUGCUCCAAGGCAUGCUGUUUGUGCCUUCGGAAGCACAGGCGGAUCCGACACCAGCGGAGGAAGAAAGGAGCAACCUGGCUAACCUGAUGUUGAACAUGAUGCGAGCGAUCAUGUGGAACAACACGAUGCUAAUGGUGCAGAUACACGAGGGCAGACAGCUGCGACAGAUUCAACAGAAUGAUUCUGCAGCCUUAACAGCUGCUGUUCGCGCUGCCGCCACACAUCAGCAACAACAGCAACAGUUGUUGAGCAGCACCACCGCACGCGUCAACAACAUCGAGGCUAACGCCUCAGCAGCGCCAGGCUGCACGACAGACGAGAUGAAGCAGCUCAAUGGGCGCAUCAAUCAUGUUGUCAACCUCAUCGGCUAUAUAGGUGUUUUCAAUGGGCCGGACACGAUCAGUAGCACGAUGGCCGCCAUCAAGACGGACAUCACCAAGCUGCAGACGAGACCGGAUGCCGCUACGAAGACUUACAAGAUGCCGCACUUUGACAUCAGCAAGUUCGACGACUACAACAAGUCGGACGCCUUGACAUGGUGGCAACGUUUCCUCACUGCCUUGAUUGAUUGCGGAGCGUCUCGCAACUUCAUGAGCCAAGCCUUUAUGGCCCGCGCAGGUCUUGGCCCGCGCGUUCGAAGGAAGACGCAACCCACGCAAGUUACACUCGUGGACGACCGCACGCAAAAGUCGAUAGACCGAUGCGUCGACGGCGUUCCGGUAUACUUUGCGCCACUUGCGUGCGAGCCAGUGUCUUUUGACAUCCUCGACACCAAGUUUGACAUGAUUCUAGGCAUGUCUUGGUUGCGUAGCGCCGAUCAUCCGGUGAACUUCCAUGACCGAACCGUUCACAUCCGUGAUCGGAACGGAGUGUUAGUCCCAUGUACGGUCGCGACCCCUCACACUUCGAUUGCUUGUCACGUGGUUUCCGUUGCGAGAAUUCGUGAUGCCAUAGCUCGGAAUGACGUCGAGGAGAUGGGCCUUGUAUUCUUGCAUGCUCUCCCCUCGCCAGACAGACCAGCCGCGUCACUGCCGGACCCACACAUCACUCACCUCUUGGACGAGUAUGGAGACGUUUUCGAGGCGCCCACCGGAACGGUUCCGGAUCGGCCCAUACGUCACGGGAUCACUCUCGAGCCAGGCGCCGUCCCUCCGCGUGGAUGUAUCUAUCGCAUGAGCGAAGAGGAACUCGAAGUGCUUCGCGCACAACUCGAUGAUCUUCUCGACAAGGGCUGGAUUCGCCCUAGUUGCUCGCCAUACGGUGCACGUGUUCUCUUCGUCCGGAAGAAGAACAAAGAUCUACGGUUAUGCAUCGACUAUCGCAAACUUAACGCACAAACCGUAAAGAACGCCGGCCCUUUCCCUCGGAUUGAUGAUCUCCUUGAGCGGUUAGGCGGCGCAACGUACUUCUCGAAGUUGGACUUGAAGUCAGGUUACCACCAGAUUGAAAUCCAGCCUCAAGAUCGGUACAAGACCGCGUUCAAGACGCGGUACGGGCAUUUUGAGUGGGUUGUCAUGCCCUUUGGCCUCACCAAUGCCCCCGCAACUUUUCAAGCAGCUAUGACGACUGAGUUUCGCGACUUGCUCGAUCGCAGCGUCCUCAUCUACCUCGAUGACAUCUUGGUCUAUAGGAGGACGUUGGACGAGCACAUCACACACCUUCGCCCUGUUUUGAAUCGUUUGCGACUGGCCAAGUACAAAGCGAACUGUGACAAGUGCGAGUUCGCCAAGCAAGAGCUUGAGUAUUUGGGCCACUAUGUUACGCCGAAAGGCAUUCGUCCCUUAGCGGACAAGAUCCAAGCCAUCGUGGAUUGGCCGGAACCCCGUUCAUUCGACCUCGAUGACGAUCUGCAGCCGCAUUUCGUCAAAGGCUACAAGUCCGAUCCGACUUACUCUACGCUAUAUGCAGAGCUCUCAUCGGAUCACCCGCCGGCUAGCCACUAUCGGAUUUCCGACGAGUUCCUUCUCCUUCACACGAGAGGAAAUGACUUGUUAGUUGUGCCCCAAGAUCGCAUCUUACGGACUCGUCUUCUCGGCGAAUUCCACGACGCACGACUUUCGGCACACCUUGGCGUGAACCGCACAUUAGCACGCCUCCGCCAACGUUUUCACUGGCCCGACGUCCUUCAUGACGUCACGAGGUACGUUGAGUCAUGUGCAGUUUGCCACCGUAACAAGGGUCGAUCUCGAGUCCCCUUCGGCGGACUGAAACCGUUGCCGAUUCCUCAGGCACCUCGCCUAUCCAUUGCUAUGGACGUGACAGGCCCGUUCCCCCGCGAUCGCCAUGGCCAUGACGGUAUUCUCACGGUCGUUGACCGUUUGAGCAAGUAUGCUCGCUUCCUUCCUUGCAAGUAUCAUGCUGCAGCACCCGAGCUCGCACGACUCUUGCACACCGGUUGGAUUACCAACCAGGGUGUUCCAGAAGACAUAGUGAGCGACCGAGAUACUCGCUUCAUGUCGACCUUUUGGACUUCCCUCAUGGCUGAGUCCGGUACGACUAUGAAGCCGAACUCGGCUCGGCACCCGCAGACAGAUGGCCAGACGGAGCGAGCGCACCAGACCGCUCAGAUGAUGUUUCGUACGCUCAUCCGUCCCGACCAGAAAGAUUGGGUUGACCGGCUUCCCGACAUCGAGUUCGCCUAUAACACUUCAGUGCACCCGGCGAUCUGCAUCACACCAUUCGAGCUACAUCAUGGUGGAGAGAAAGCACGGAUCUUCGCUGAUCUCCUUUUGCCACAGGCUGCCAACAUAGACGUCCCUUGCUCUCCCGCUUCCGUUCGGAAGUACAGGGACUUGCUGAUCAAAGCCCGAGCGAAUAUGCAAAAGGCUCAAAUCCGCAUGCAACAGCAAGCUAACCGACGUCGACUUUCAUGUCCUUUCCGCGAGGGAGACCUUAUUUGGGUCCUCUCCGAGGAAUUUGCGCUCGAGCAGGAUGUUUCGCGCAAACUCCUUCCGAAAUGGUUCGGACCAUGGGAAGUCACUUCUGCCGUUGGAGAUGACCCCGCAGGUCCUUCCUUCGUGAUCAACCUUCCUCCGCACCUUACAGUGCAUCGGGUCUUCCACGCAUCGAAGUUGGCCAUCUACACGCCACCUUCAGUUGACGAGUUUCCCGGACGUCGAUCACAGGAUCCGCCUUCCAUGGACGGACAUCAGGAAGUGGACCGAGUCAUCACACACCGCAAGUAUGGCAACAAGCCAAUGCAGUACAAAGUCACAUUCAAGCAAUGUGCGCCUGACGACACUCGGUGGAUCUCUAGUGCAGACUUGCAGACUUCUGCACCCCUUAUCUUCGCCAACUAUGAGAAGACACGACUUGCCAAGGCAGCAGCUCGUCCCACCCAACCCAUCCCAGUAUCGGACAGACAACUCCGCCCUCGCAGGUAGCUCGGUCUUUUAAGAGGGGGAGUGUGUUACAUCUUCGACGCCACACGGGUCCUACCGGACCCGACGUAGGGUUAGAGGGACACAGUAGGGCCUAAAGGCCCGACCUUG